CACACACACACACACACACACACACACACACACACACCAGUCAGGAGACCAGGACGAUGGCGGACUCCGACAGCGAAGAGGCGGCCGUCCUCGACAACACGGACCUCACCUCCCCGGAGUCAGAGAACAACAUGAUUAACACGAUGGUGGAGAGAGAGACUGCCCUGCUGAAGAAGAUUGACAUCAAUGUCGCUGAGUCGGAGAAGAGAAGUGGGAAGAACACGGUGAACAUGCAGGAGACCUACACGGUGUACCUCAUAGAGAUACGACCAGCCAACGCUGCAGAGGGCGGGCUGCCGGUGGGGGACUCUCCAUGGAGGCGCUACAGUGAGUUCGAGCUGCUCAGGACCUACCUGCUGGUCACCUACCCCUUCGUGGUGAUCCCCCCUCUGCCUGAGAAGAGGGCAGAGUUUGUUUGGCACAAACUGUCUGCUGACAACCUGGACCCCGACUUUGUGGAGAGACGCCGACUGGGUUUGGAGAACUUCUUGAUACGGGUGGCAUCGCAUUCGGUCCUUUCCAAGGAUAAGAUUUUCUAUCAGUUCCUUACAGAGGAAAAGGGGUGGAGAGAGGCGGUUCUAGAGACCGGUUUCCAGGACAAGGCUGACUCCAGGCUCAAGUCGCUGAGCGCCACGUUAAGAGUCAAAAACCCAGACAAGAGCUUCACGGAUCUGAAGCAGUACAGCGAUGAGCUGAACAGCGCCAUCUCCCACCUCCUCAGGGUCCGAGCUAAAGUAGCAGACAGGAUGUAUGGGGUGUACAAGGUCCAUGGGAACUAUGGCCGGAUUUUCAGUGAGUGGAGCGCUAUCGAGAAGGAGAUGGGGGACGGACUGCAGAGUGCCGGCCACCACAUGGACACGCACUCUGCAUCAGUUGACGACAUCCUGGAGGAAGAGGAACACUACGCCGACCAGCUCAAAGAGUACCUCUUCUACACGGACGCCCUCAGGUCAGUGUGUCGGAAACACGAGCUGAUCCAGUAUGAACUGGAGAUGGCUGUACUGGACCUGGCAAGCAAGAAACAACAAAGAGAAGAGCUCACCACUGGGGCGGUGCGCGUGUUCUCCCUGAAGGGGAUGAGCAGCAAGCUGUUCGGCCAGGAGAGCCCUGAGCAGAGGGAGAGCCGCCUGGCCGCUCUGCAGCAGAGCAUCCAGGCCUCAGAGGACGCCGUGCUGGACAAGAACCAGGAGUGCAGAGAGUUCAUGCGGAUGUCCUGGGAGGAGGUUAAGCGCUUUAAGGAGCAGAAGGACCGGGAGCUGAGGGAGGCCCUCAUCAGCUACGCCAUCAUGCAGAUCAGCAUGUGUAAGAAGGGAAUCCAGGUGUGGUCCAACGCCAAGGAAUGCUUCAACAAGAUGUGAGAUGUCCGGAGCCCCCCUUCCAUCCCCUGCCAACUAGCCAAUCUAACCGCAGAGGAUGGGGCUUCCAACCAAUCGGUGUACUUGAUUCCAGGACCCAUAACAUUGGUUUUGAGUGUGGUUGUAGCAUUUCAAGUGCUACACGCUAGAGUCUGCCUUGCACGUAAUGCCAAUGAUGAUUCCACUAUGCCUCUUAGUUCCAGGUGAUUUUACCGUACCAAUACCCACAGGUGUAAAUAGCUGAGGAAAGCUUUCUACUUUGUGCCUUUUGUAACAUUCAUUCACAGUUGCCUUCUCCCUGGAGACACUAACAAAUGUUCUAUGUUUAUCAAGUUCCACUCACAUUGUACCGUGACACAUUUCUAAACUGUUUUCUCCUGCUUAUCCGUUUCAUCCUGAGAAGAUCAGUGCACGUUAUUUUUUUAUUGUUGUUUUGAACUUUCUGAAAGUACUUUGGUGACACACCGGCAUACCUGUGAAGGAUGUCGCAUGACCUUUCUGUUUGCUUAUGAAUGAUUCAUGCAUCAAUACCAAUUAAUAAUAACCGUUUAUCUCUCUGAGAAUCAAUAUUGGUGAAGGUGGUGCUAUUUUCAUUAUUAAACUACAAUGAUCUAAGUCUCUGA